GGUGGCGGCGGUGGCGGCUACUCGGCCAGUACUCUCGGCCCCCGCCAUUUCGGACGGGGAGCGAGCGCGGUGCAGGCACUGAAGGCGGCGGCGGGGGCCAGAGGCUUGGCGGCUCCCAGGUGCGGGAGAGAGGCCUGCUGAAAAUGACUGAAUAUAAACUUGUGGUAGUUGGAGCUGGUGGCGUAGGCAAGAGUGCCUUGACGAUACAGCUAAUUCAGAAUCACUUUGUGGAUGAAUAUGAUCCUACGAUAGAGGAUUCCUACAGGAAACAAGUAGUAAUUGAUGGAGAAACCUGUCUCUUGGAUAUUCUCGACACAGCAGGUCAAGAGGAGUACAGUGCAAUGAGGGACCAGUACAUGAGAACUGGGGAGGGCUUUCUUUGUGUAUUUGCCAUAAAUAAUACUAAAUCAUUUGAAGAUAUUCACCAUUAUAGAGAACAAAUAAAAAGAGUUAAAGACUCUGAAGAUGUUCCUAUGGUCCUAGUAGGAAAUAAAUGUGAUUUGCCUUCUAGAACAGUAGACACAAAACAGGCUCAGGACUUAGCAAGAAGUUACGGAAUUCCUUUUAUUGAAACAUCAGCAAAGACAAGACAGAGAGUGGAGGAUGCUUUUUAUACAUUGGUGAGAGAGAUCCGACAAUACAGAUUGAAAAAAAUCAGCAAAGAAGAAAAGACUCCUGGCUGUGUGAAAAUUAAAAAAUGCAUUGUAAUGGGUGUUGAUGAUGCCUUCUAUACAUUAGUUCGAGAAAUUCGAAAACAUAAAGAAAAGAUGAGCAAAGAUGGUAAAAAGAAGAAAAAGAAGUCGAAGACAAAGUGUAUAAUUAUGUAAAUACAAUUUGUACUUUUUUCUUAAGGCAUACUUAAGUAAAAGUGGUAAUUUUUGUACAUUACACUAAAUUAUUAGCAUUUGUUUUAGCAUUACCUAAUUUUCUUUCUGCUCCAUCCAAACUGUUAGCUUUUAUCUUGAAUGCUUAUUUUAAAAUGACAGUGGAAACUUUUUUCCUCUAAGUGCCAGUAUUCCCUGAGUUUUGGUUUUUGAACUACAAAAAAAGAAACUGUAUACCUGAGAUUUCUGUCUUGGGAUUUUUGGUGCAUGCAGUUUAUUACUUCCUAUUUUUCUUACCAAUUGUGAACUUUGGUGUGAAACAAAUUAAUGAAGUUUUGAAUCAUCCCUAUUCUGUAUUUUAUGUAGUCACAUAUAUGGAUUAAUUACUAAUUGUAACUUCAGUUGAGAUUUCAUGAUUGGUUUUACCGAAACAUUGAGGGAACACGAAUUUCUGGGCUUCCUGUAGAUUCAUCUUGUAGGCAUCAUGUCCUCUAGUUUCAGUCAUGCUUAAUGAAUGUAAAGUUACACUGUUCACAAAAGUUUCUUCCUCUUUCCACUGGUAUUUGUCAUAGUCAUGUUCCCCCAAAUAUUAUAUUUUUUCUAUAAAAAUGGAAAAAAUGGAAAAAAAUACAAGGCAAUGGGAAAUAUUAAAAGGCCAUUUACUUUCCACAUUAGAUAAAUUCCUAUAAUACUCUGAAUAGCUUUUCCUGCUAAGGCAGACCCAGUAUGUAAUAAAGAUUAGCAACCAUUUGGGGGCUAUAUUUACAUGCUACUAAAUUUUUGUAAUAAUUGAAAACAUUUUUAAAUGUAUAAAAAUUCUCAUAGGAAUUAAAUGUAGUCUCCCUGUGUCAUAUUGCUUUUGCUUUAGCAUAACUUGAAAUCUUUUCUUGAAGUUCAGUCUUUCAAAAUAAUUUUAAUUCUGGUAGUGAUUUUAAAGAUCACUUGGGCCAAUUAGCUUAGGGGGUGUUGAAAAGACCAAGGUUGAAGGCGAGACACUGUGUGAACUUUGAGCUUCUUUGAGAGUUUCAUAGUACAGACUGCAUCCCGAUAGUCUCCCACUGUUGUCAUGCGUUGUUUGGUCAAAAAUGGGGACUAGGAGGGACUUUGACUAGCUCAGCAAGAUACAUUCUCACUAUGUGGUGGUUCUCCUAACAGGUCGGGAACAUCACUUAAAAAAAAUACAACAGAACUUAAAAAAAAAAUUAUUUUAAAUGAGAUUUUGGGGUGGGGGGUAGGGCAAGACUUUAAUUGUUUUUAAACAAUGAAGUGAAAAAGUUUCAAAGUCUCCAGUAUUUCAUAAAUACUUUACAAGUCCUAUAUUUAAGAAUAUCUAAUGCUUAAAAUAGAUAAAUUGACAAAAUGAUUCUUUCUGUGCAUUUAAAAUGUUUUACUUAUUUUAAAAUGUUCGAAGUGAGAUGGUAUGAAAAUAUCACUGGACCAGGAGGAAGGUGACUUAGAUUUUUUUAUAACUCCGAUUUGGGGCAAAUCACUUACUAUCCAUUUCUUCAUGUUAAAAGAAGUCAUCUCAAGGCUAUAUAGCUAGCCUUACAACCAUGUGAUUUACAUUCAGUUUACAUAAAAAUAUACCUGUUUGUCAGUCUCAGCACAAUCUGUAACUUUUACCUGUGUUAUCAUCUUUAGUGCCAGUCUUAGGCAAAAUUGUGCAAGAGGUGGAGUUUAUUUUUGAAUACCCUCCGUCCUAUUUCAGGACUCCUCUCCCAUAUUAGUGCCAUCUUGCCUGCCUACCCUUCUCCAUGCCCCAUGACCUGAUUCUCUUUCUUUUAAUACUUCUAAUUCCCCUAACCUCAAGAUUUAUUGCUGCUUUGGAUAUCUUCUGGAAAGCUUCCUACCAGGUCACAUCAAAAUGCCCUACAUCUUAUUUCCUCUAGCUGUACAUCAUUUGACAGAUACUAUAAUGGCAAUUGACCUAAUAGGUAAUUUUCAGGUGGUGGAUACAGCAGUUUAAUCUUGAUCAUCUCUUUGCUGUCUGGUCCAUUAUUGACUACGUAGGAAUUUUCAUGCAGUGAGUAGACAGAACCCUCUCCAGUGGAAGAAUUUAAUAAAGGUAGUGCUGAAAGAAUUCCUUAGAUAAUCUAUAAUUAGGAUUAGCCUGGGUAACAGUGAUACAUUGUGUUUUUUUAAUAACUAAAAUCUUACAAUGAAAAAUACUUUAAAUUUUAAUGCAUUUACUUUUUAGCACAGUUCUUUUAUUCAACAAAUAUUUGAGUGCCUACUAAGUGCCAGGCACGACACAAGGCACUGGGGAUAUUAUGGUAUAAGGGACAUAAUGUAUAUCGUAAAGUAGCACUUAUAUUCUAGCGUGGCGUAUAAUAUCUUCGUGAGGCAUUUGGCACAUGACCCAGAGAAAACAUAAUGCAUAUUUUAGUUUUGUAAGGAAGGGAUUUGGUCUCUAAGGUUUCUUCCAGUUCUGGAGUAAUCAUUUUGCUCUGAUUCCAGUGUAACUUUAGUCAAGCUUCUUUAUAUGUCACCUUACUGCAUUGUUUUAAAGGAGUAAACUUGAUUGUAUUUUUAUUUGGCAUAAUUGUGUGAUGCUAUUGGAACAGUUAUAGUACACAUUAAGUUGUAUGUCAGAUAAUACUAAAAUUCCCAAGUAUGUACUACUCUAGUUCGUCUCUUUGUACAAGUAAUUAAAAUAGACUUUUAAAAUCAAAUAUUGAAUUCUAAAAUAGUUUUGUUUAUCUGGGUCUGAAUAAACAGAGGCCUGAACUAAUUCACAGAAAAGGAAGCUUGUGUAAAAAUCAAUGACUUCUGAAAUUCUAUGCUAAACUAUAGAUUCAUGGAACAUUAGGUAGGAUGUUAAGACUUAACAUAGUACCUCUUAUUUUUACACAAGAAAAAGAAAUGGCCAUACUUCAAUAAUCACAGUCCAUAACUGAAUGAGGGGAUUUUUAGGACUCUUGGAUUUUUGAUGUAGCUGGGCAAUUUUUUUCAGGCAGUGGUAAUGAUCCUUUAUUAUGUGAAUUUUGAAUGAUUUGACAAAAGGUUUGUUUUUAUAGAUUUUAAAAGGGGAGAGAUGAUCUUAGAAAUAACAUCAAUGCUAUCUAAUUAAUACAGCCUUAAAGGUAAAAAUCUUUGUUGAAGUUGAAAAACAUUGCUAAAUUACAUAGUCUUAGUCAUUAACAUGUUUGUGGAAGAAUGUAGCAGAAGUAUGUAGUAUAAUUUGAGUGACUAUUCCCAAUUAGGAAUUCUAGGCUCUAUUUUAAUUGAAUCACACUGCACAGGAAUUUAGAACUUGACUUUUAUUAGAGGUUAUCAAAACCUUUGCCACCAUUGCACAAUUUUGUCCUAAUAUAUAGAGAAACAUUGUGUUAAGUUGCAGUUUGCACAAGUUCAUCUCAUUUGUAUUCCAGUGAUUUUUUUUUCUAGCCAUUUUUUUCUAGUUUUUUUUUGUAGGCAGUAAAAACUGUAUUUACAUUUGUCAAAAAUAGUUUCUUGAUGAUUCUUAAUUUUUAACCCAUCAGUUACUAUAAAACUGAAUUUAUAUUUAAUAACUUCUGUGUUAAUAUUGGGUAGCAUGAAAUCUGCAUUGGUAAACUGAACAGCAUACAACUAGUAGCUAUAAAUUCCUUUAGAAAAGGAAAAUUAUUUCUUUCUAGAUAUAUUCAUAUCAGCUCUCAUAGUCACAACUAGAUUAAUACCUACUUUAGUUUAAUAGUUUUAAGUGCCUGUUUGGGAUGAUGCUAGGUAAUUUAGGUGAAUUUAGGAAAAACAAAGUUAUUACCUGCAGAAAUAUCAAUUACAGAGGCCCCCCCUCCCCAUAUAGCAAAAUGGGUUAUGUAAUGUUUUAUUCAAAAGUUUCCAGUUCCACUGUCUUGUGUUUUCAUGUUGAAAAUACUUUUGCAUUUUUCCUUUGAGUGCCAAUUUCUUACUAGUACUAUUUCUUAAUGCAACAUGUUUACCUGGAAUGUAUUUUAACUAUUUUUGUAUAGUGUAAACUGAAACAUGCACAUUUUGUAUAUUGUGCUUUUUUUUUUUGUGGGACAUAUGCAGUGUGAUCCAGUUGUUUUUCCAUCAUUUGGUUGCGCAGACCUAGGAAUGUUGGUCAUAUCAAACAUUAAAUUUAAAAAUGACCACUCUUUUAAUUAAAAUUAACUUUUAAAUGUUUAUAGGAGUAUGUGCUGUGAAGUGAUCUGAAAUUUGUAAUAUUUUUGUCAUGAACUGUACUGCUCCUAAUUAUUGUAAUGUAAUAAAAAUAGUUAUGGUGACUAUGA